GUUUGAUUUUUUUUCUCUGGAAAACCUAGGUCCGAGGACGAUGCCCAGUCUGCAAUUGUCACCGGUCCGCGUCGAGGAGGCCUUGCGUCUCGAGUCUGCGCGCAACGUGCCAGUUCCGGAAACACCUGACAAGAGUGGCAGAAAAUCAGAGAAAAAUGGUGCACUUGCAGCACCAGUAAUGGAAUCAAAGAACAACAAACAGACUCUUAGACGUACUUCCGCAGGGGCUUCGUCGUAUCGGACAGCAGAUAGUAGUUCUUGUCGGCCAUCUUUGGCGGAGUCAAGGAAAGAGGAUGCAAGGCAGAGCGAUGUAGGAUCGAGGAAAAGCGGUGGAGAUGGGCGUAGAUGGCGAGAAGACUUAACCGCUGCGCAGAACGAUAACCUCCCACGACGAGAGACAAUCAAUACUAGUGGAGAUCACCAAGAACAAGGCGGUCAAACGGAACAUGCUUCGCCUGAUUUUGAUUCUCAAGAAGUAGCCUGUGCUGAAACUCCUGCUCCACAUACACAGCACGGUGACAACUCAUGUGGUUCCAUCAUCGCCUUUCGCGGUGGCAAAAUCCUCCAUUCUUCCACGGGCAAGAGUGGCAAGUUCGCCGGACGUGGUCGAAUCUUGAGGUACAAUGAUGAUGACAGUCGGUUGGCAGACCACGAUGACGGAAGUGGAUUUUUAGAUGGUGAAGAAACGGAAAGAAGUGGACUGUACUUCGACGAUGAAGUAGGUGAUAGGAGUGCUGAAGAUGGUGGUGCUGGUAGAUCUCGAUCGAUUGUAGUGGAGGACUAUUACGGAGGAGGAGGAACAACACCUACACCGCACUUGGUUAAUACGAGUGGAGGACCUCGAGGGGCGCAACAGCACUAUUCAAGCAGACGUGGUGAUCAUGAUACAUCUCUACAGCCGGAAAUAAGUAUCGUGGCAAGUCUUGCGGUGUCGAACUCUAGCGGCAAUGAAGAUGACAUUGAAAUUCCUACAACUAGGAUGGUGGACAAAGACAAGGAGCCAAGCCCCAGGUUUGAUGAAGACAAUCAUGACGAAGAAGACGAAGAUAGAGACCGAGUUUUCUUUAACAUUUCGUCUUCGAAUUCUUCCCGACCACGAUCUUCAGCUCCUGAGCAAGUUAACGGCCCCACUAGUACUACACAAGAAGAUCGAGAGGUUUUUAUCUCUUCAUCCUCCUCUUCUUCCUCCUCUUCUUCCUCCUUGCACUCAAAAAAUCACUUGCAGAAACGUGUGAUGGAACUAGAGGAGUUGAUCAGGACACAGCAAAGGCAAGUGUUUGGUAUGGUGCAUGGCUGGAGCUCGUUGUUGUCUGUCGCGACCUUCUUCUACACCUGGAGGCACUUAGCACAAAAAUCCCGAAUGGACGAGUUGCGAGUACAAUUGAAGAUGGAUGAUCCGGAUACCAGUAAUAUUCAUCUCCAUCAAGAACAACAACAGGAAGUAGGGUCGCAGGAUAGAAGUAUGGUGUACUGUUCGCCUCAAGAUGAGGUUGAGGCUUCACCUGCUGACGGGAGACCAACGAGGAGAAAUAGUAAGACGUCCUCCAAUUUCGCGUUACAACAAGUUCACUGUAGCACUGUUGAUAUCUUCGGGAGCUGUGAUAUCUUUGGUCGGCCUAUUACUAAUGCAACGAAUUCUUCCUCUUCAUCUUCUUCAAGGAACAAUGCAAACAUUGACGCUAGUUGUACCAGCACAUCCCCUGGCUCUAGCACUACGAGGCUGAUGUCCCAGAGUGUAGACAAUUUGCGUGGUCCAGCGGUUCUUCUGGAGCAAACAAAACGCGAUUUAGCCAGUGCAAAACGAGAAUUAACUGACAGUCGGCGCAACGAGCAGCAACUGCGCUCUGAGGUAGCGGCAUUGGAUACUAGUUUGAUGCGAGUAAGAGGCGACUUGAUUCAAGCUGAGGAAGCGCGUGGAAUGGCUUUCAGGGAAGCUCAGGCUGUGAAAGCUGAAGUGCAAGCGGUGAAGAUGGAGUUGCAUAGGGUGAUGAGCGAACUGGAGGAGCAAAGAGCUGUAGCUGAAGAGGAAAGGCGGAAAAGCGAGGAAGCAGAGAGGAAGUGUGAAGAACUGGAGAGGACGAGGGCUAGACACCUGGCAGUGGAUGAAGCAGUGGCAGAGGACGAAGAGCGGGUCUUGCUGGAGGAAAGUUUGCCUUCAGGACUAGACCUGGAGGAUAGUCAAUUGGAAACGUCUGAGGGAAGGCAAAGGCCGCAUACACUGGUUUCUUCACGGUAUAUCUUCUAUAUUCUUCAAACUACACUCUCGUCCUGAUCUUCUUGAGUUUUGAGUUUCUUUUCAAAGUUUUCCAAUGUUCAUUCCCUCUUCAAAGAAACAACCAUCUUCAGGGCACUCGCGAGUGACGAUGGCGGAAAACGCGAAUCUUCGAAGAAGACUCUCGAAGAUGCGUUGCAAUUGUCGGGAAGUCCCGGUCUUGAUAUGCUCAUGGCUUCUAGCGUUCGAAGUGUAGCAGCUUCACCAGGACCAAUGACUGAGAACAAAUAUGGUUCCACUUCCAUCGACGUCGGAGGAGGAGGGGGGAAUAAUAUUACCAAUACGUCAAAUACAAAUGCAAAUGCCACUUCUACCUCUACUAGAGGUUUCUUGACGUCAUGUUCUAGCAGUACCUCUUUCGUUUUCUCAGCUGGGAGUGGGACAACGAGGAUGGGCAUGGGCCAAACCACAACUAGUACGAGCAUGCCGAGGCAGCCAGUUGCGUGGACAACAUCGCCUUUGGAGGGUGGUGGAACCGCAUUCGACUUGCGACCACCAUCUUUGGGUGGAACUGUGGCUAACAUUGAGAGUCACACCGAUAACUGUACAGGAGGAGCAGUAGCUGGGCAAGGGGUUGAUGCUUUAUCUUUGUCUUCUGGCGCAGUCGGAGUUGCAGAUCACCAACAACAGUUGCAUCAGCAUGAUAGUGCGAUUAAUCGAGUGCUUUCCCGUGCCACACCAGGCGGAUUAUUGUCUUCAUCUAGUGCCACCGCUACUGCAACAUCUGCAAGGCCAUUGUUUUACGAAUAUGUGGAUGGACGUAGUGUCUUGCACGACAUAGGUCGUCGGAGGAAAUUGUCUUCUGAUGCUGGUAGCGUGAAUUCGGGACUUGGCGGAGCUACAGGUAGUGAGGGUACAACUCACAAUAUGGACCAGAACUGUGGUCUCCGAGAUAGACGUCAUUCUCAACAGAGUACGACGUCGAACAACACUAACUUCGUGCGUCCUUCUACAACUGGCAGCUACAGGGAAACAGGAGGCAUGGCAGACCAAGUUGUUGAGCGACCGUCUGCAUUUGCCGGGUAUUUGUUCCAUCGUAGCGACAUAUAUGAUAUCCAAGAGUCUCCAGGAGACCCACCUUCACUUGAGAAAAGGCACAAUCAUCUACUUCAAGAACGACAGGAUCAUGCCACCUCUGGCGCCUACAUGAACAAGAACCCAAGUACUACGACGACGAGGAAGGCUAGCCAUGGUAAUCUUCCUCUGUCUUCUAGUGGAGGCUAUCCUCUGAGUAGCGGUUAUCCUCUUAGCGGUUAUCCUCUGUCCAGUUCCAGUAGAAGUGACGUCUUCCAAAGGGAAAUGGAGAUCGAGAAAACCGCCAGUCGGCAAAGAUACAGCUUGCCUGGAUACAGUCGUCGGGAAGAGCAUUUUAGUGCCAGUCGUAAUACUGUUGAGCAAACAUCAAGUGGAAGUGAGCUGCCACCAUCUACUUCUCAGUGGGUGGACAGGCGAUUUCCACAACUCGUAUCACCGUCUCUUGGUAGUCCUGCAGGUGCCACCAGAACAAUACUGCAGCAGGACAAUGUAAAUAUUGACGUACCACCAGCACCGACUUCCCUAACAUCUUCAACAUCUAGUACCGCCCGAACGACAGCGCCAUCUUGGACCAGUGGUUCUCGUGGUAGGCAUUCAGCACAGCAGGCAACUACGUCGUUGUCGGGAAUAGCAUCGUCGAAUCAGCCAGCUUAUAGUAGUGGAACAACAACUUCGGCUUCAGGCUCGGGAUCGGGGGGUCCCGCAUCUAUACCGUCUGCUAGCAUACCUUUCAUCUCAUCAUCCUCCACUUCAGCAUCAGUCCCCCUUGCUGCUCGGGCAUCACGGCCACCGCCAGCGCGCAAGGCUUCGAUCGAAAUUUUGGAGACACCGCGAACAACAACUAAUGACUACCAAUUCGCAGCUUCGCGAAGACCUCUGGGUGAAAUCACGAGUGCAGCACUCGACUCAGCAAGCAAUUCUGGCGCAGGCGUUGGCGGAGCUGGUGGAAGUCAACAACAACAACAGCAAAUGUUCACGCCAUCGUCCAAAAAUCCACUGCCUUCACCAGCAGAGCAGCACUACAACAACUUGAUAUCUACUGAGAGAUAUCGACCAAGAACGAACUCUGCCUCGAGGGGUCCGAGUGUAGAUCCUUCUGUUAAGGCUACUGCUGAAGCAUCCAUAGUAUCAUUCUUGGCGCCUUUUUCAGGGGGAAAAAGGUCCCAGGGAUGGCCUCAGGGAUGCGACGCGGUAGUGCUAAUUCCGGGGGUAAUCGUACACCAGGAGGAGGAAUGUCUGCGCGUAAAGCACCGCCAACGACACAGUACUCUCCGCGCAUUACAAAGUUGAUGUCGCCAAGGAUCAUUGUGCCUCAAACGACUUCACCAAGGAUAAUCGUGCCGAACGCAAGCAAUAAUCGUUACUUUUGAACAUGCUGUCUUAGCGCUGUAGGUAAUAGCCCAAUGUCACAGGUUCUUAGAACCCAAUUUUUUUGACUCUUUCUGAAAUAAUUCACUACAACUUGACAUCGUGAUAAAUAAUUGGUCGUGCUUUUACAUUUAGAGUUAUUGUUUAUGUUUUCCAGAGGUGAGGCAUCGACAUUGGAUACGCCGAUAAUAUGGGAAGGUAACAAACUUCAGAAUCUGAUUCUGAAUGUUGAUCUUGUGUGAUGAGUACAAUGUUGAGUAGUUGAUGUAAUCAUCAUCUAGACUUCUAUGGAAACCAUGUAGUAAUAUCUUUCACUUGCAGCUCAGUCUGUCGCUUGUCCUGAAUAAGUUGUACGUCAACUAAGGUGUGGCUUUGUUCUAGCCUACUUACAGCACGAAGAGAAAUUCAAUUGUUGUUGAUGAUAGGGCACAUCAUGCGUAGACAGCUGUAGUCAGUGAAAAAAACUUCAAGUUGAUCGAUGUAGAAUUUCACUCGGUUAGAGAUUGUCACUUUCACUUAGUAGACUACUACGACUACUAGGUGGUCCUGGUCUCCUCAACAAACAUCCAAAUAUGCUGUUGAUCCUAGUUCAAGAAAAUCAGGAAUUGUUAAGCGCGUAAGAUGCAUUUUGCGCCUGGCUUGAGCUAAAAGCUUUCCACCUAGACUUGAC